AUGUCAAAUUUAGUCCAAACAACCACAACAUUUGAUCCGAUAAUAUGUGAAUCAUUGCCUAAACUAACUAACAAUAAAAUCCGUCAACAAAUCAGCAACAUUUCACCCGAUAUCCAGAAAAUCAUCAAAUAUGUGGUCAACGGUCCCGAUAGUGGCGUAACAUAUGAUGAAUUGGCAAAAUUUGUCGACCAGUUUGGCCCACGAUUUACGGGAACUGCUAGUCUCGAGUCGUCUAUCGACUAUAUGGUUGACCGAUUGAAACGGGAACGACAUGAUAAAGUUUAUACGGAAAAUGUUACCGUUCCUGUCUGGAUACGUGGCAAGGAAUGGGCACAAAUGGUUAGUCCACAUAUCAAACAGUUAAACAUAUUGGGUUUGGGCUCAAGUGUCGGUACCAAUGGUCAAGUACUUACCGGUAAUGUUAUAGUUGUCAAAACAUUUGAUGAACUAAAAAGGCGAUCCCAUGAAGUCCGGGGAAAGUUUGUUGUCUAUAACUAUGAUUUUGUUAGCUAUAGAGUAUCCGUUGAAUACAGAGAACAUGGAGCCAGUCGUGCGGCACAGUUCGGUGCUAUCGGUGUUUUUAUCCGAUCGGUGACACCGUUUUCAAUCUAUUCACCGCAUACUGGAGCACAAACUUUCGAUAAUAAUAAUAAUGUACGGAAAAUACCGGCCGUCAGUAUUACCGUAGAAGACUCGGAACUGUUUGGUCGACUGGCCGGACGUGGUAUCAACAUUACGGUCAGUCUAUCAAUGGAGGCCCAUAUGAAUGGUGUGGCCGUAUCGAGGAAUACUAUCAGCGAGAUUACCGGUUCAAACAAACCGGAUGAGUUAGUACUAGUAUCGGGUCAUCUGGACUCAUGGGACGUAGGACAGGGAGCCAUGGAUGACGGCGGCGGUGCAUUCAUAUCGUGGCGGGCACUGUCGGUCAUCAAAAAACUUGGUCUCCGUCCCAAACGUACUGUAAGAUCGGUGCUGUGGACCGAUGAGGAAACGGAUUAUAGUGGUGUUAAACAAUACAUACAGAUUGACUUUUUGGUCGGUAAAGGUGUUCCCGGCGGUAGUCUCGACACUCGAAACCAAAAAUAUUUUUAUUUUCAUCACACGGACGGCGAUACUAUGACUGUCCAGAAUCGGCGCGAUCUGGACCUGUGUACGGCUGUAUGGGCGUCAAUUGCCUACGGAUUGGCCUCAAUUGAUGACCAAUUGCCCCGAUAUGGCGUAACAUAUGAUGAAUUGUCAAAAUUUGUCGACCUGUUUGGCCCACGAUUUACGGGAACUGCUAGUCUCGAGUCGUCUAUCGACUAUAUGGUUGAUCGAUUGAAACGGGAACGACAUGAUAAAGUUUAUACGGAAAAUGUUACCGUUCCUGUCUGGAUACGUGGCAAGGAAUGGGCACAAAUGGUUAGUCCACGUAUAAAACAGUUAAACAUAUUGGGUUUGGGCACAAGUGUUGGUACCAAUGGAUCAGUACUUACCGGUAAUGUUAUAGUUGUCAAAACAUUUGAUGAACUAAAAAGGCGAUCCCAUGAAGUCCGGGGAAAGUUUGUUGUCUAUAACAAUGAUUUUGUUAGCUAUGGUGUAUCCGUUCAAUACAGAGAACAGGGAGCCAGUCGUGCGGCACAGUUCGGUGCUAUCGGUGUUUUGAUCCGAUCGGUGACACCGUUUUCAAUCUAUUCACCGCAUACUGGCCAACAAACUUACGCUAAUAAUAAUAUACGGAAAAUACCGGCCGUCAGUAUUACCGUAGAAGAUGCCGAACUGUUUGGUCGAUUGGCUGGCCGUGGUAUCAACAUUACGGUCAGUCUAUCAAUGGAGGCCCAUAUGAAUGGUGUGGGCGUAUCGAGGAAUACUAUCAGCGAGAUUAUCGGUCCAACUAAACCGGAUGAGGUAGUACUAGUAUCGGGUCAUCUGGACUCAUGGGACGUAGGACAGGGAGCCAUGGAUAACGGCGGCGGUGCAUUCAUCGCAUGGCGGGCACUGUCGGUCAUCAAAAAACUUGGUCUACAACCGAAACGUACUGUACGAUCGGUGUUGUGGACCGGCGAGGAAAUGGGUCUCAUAGGUGCUCAACAAUACACACAGAAACAUAUCAAUGAGUUAAACAAAAUAAGUAUAGCUAUGGAGUCAGAUAUGGGAACGUUUAGACCGACAGGUAUUAGCUAUUGGGGCCAAAACCCGACCGCACAGUGUAUUGUCAAUGAAUUACUGAAAACAUUGAAACCCAUAAACGCUACUCAGUUAAGUGUUCCCGGCGGUAGUCUCGACACUCGAAACCAAAAAUAUUUUUAUUUUCAUCACACGGACGGCGAUACUAUGACUGUCCAGAAUCGGCGCGAUCUGGACCUGUGUACGGCUGUAUGGGCGUCAAUUGCCUACGGAUUGGCCUCAAUUGAUGACCAAUUGCCCCGAUAUGGCGUAACAUAUGAUGAAUUGUCAAAAUUUGUCGACCUGUUUGGCCCACGAUUUACGGGAACUGCUAGUCUCGAGUCGUCUAUCGACUAUAUGGUUGAUCGAUUGAAACGGGAACGACAUGAUAAAGUUUAUACGGAAAAUGUUACCGUUCCUGUCUGGAUACGUGGCAAGGAAUGGGCACAAAUGGUUAGUCCACGUAUAAAACAGUUAAACAUAUUGGGUUUGGGCACAAGUGUUGGUACCAAUGGAUCAGUACUUACCGGUAAUGUUAUAGUUGUCAAAACAUUUGAUGAACUAAAAAGGCGAUCCCAUGAAGUCCGGGGAAAGUUUGUUGUCUAUAACAAUGAUUUUGUUAGCUAUGGUGUAUCCGUUCAAUACAGAGAACAGGGAGCCAGUCGUGCGGCACAGUUCGGUGCUAUCGGUGUUUUGAUCCGAUCGGUGACACCGUUUUCAAUCUAUUCACCGCAUACUGGCCAACAAACUUACGCUAAUAAUAAUAUACGGAAAAUACCGGCCGUCAGUAUUACCGUAGAAGAUGCCGAACUGUUUGGUCGAUUGGCUGGCCGUGGUAUCAACAUUACGGUCAGUCUAUCAAUGGAGGCCCAUAUGAAUGGUGUGGGCGUAUCGAGGAAUACUAUCAGCGAGAUUAUCGGUCCAACUAAACCGGAUGAGGUAGUACUAGUAUCGGGUCAUCUGGACUCAUGGGACGUAGGACAGGGAGCCAUGGAUAACGGCGGCGGUGCAUUCAUCGCAUGGCGGGCACUGUCGGUCAUCAAAAAACUUGGUCUACAACCGAAACGUACUGUACGAUCGGUGUUGUGGACCGGCGAGGAAAUGGGUCUCAUAGGUGCUCAACAAUACACACAGAAACAUAUCAAUGAGUUAAACAAAAUAAGUAUAGCUAUGGAGUCAGAUAUGGGAACGUUUAGACCGACAGGUAUUAGCUAUUGGGGCCAAAACCCGACCGCACAGUGUAUUGUCAAUGAAUUACUGAAAACAUUGAAACCCAUAAACGCUACUCAGUUAAGUGUUCCCGGCGGUAGUCUCGACACUCGAAACCAAAAAUAUUUUUAUUUUCAUCACACGGACGGCGAUACUAUGACUGUCCAGAAUCGGCGCGAUCUGGACCUGUGUACGGCUGUAUGGGCGUCAAUUGCCUACGGAUUGGCCUCAAUUGAUGACCAAUUGCCCCGAUAG